AGUCUGUAAGUGAUAUACCAGAAGCUAGUACAAAUAAGAAAAAAUACAGUAUUUGUGGUUUAGAAAGUUAUAAUGCAUAUAUAUAUCUAGAUUUUAUAGAUUGUUUGGCUAUUGAUAUAAACGAAGUUGAUGAUAUAAAUAAAAAAAGAAGUAGAAUGUGUGGUUUAAGUGGUUAUAAU